CCUGAACACUGCCAGAAACUAUCAUUUCUGAAUUUGUGGCAUAAGCUCAGGUCUAAAUCAGUGAUUUGUCACACUUGUCAAAGUCUGUUGAACUUUUGAAGCUCAGAGAUGGCAUCGAUAGUUGAUCUGCCCACAGACAGCUGCUUGUACUAUACAGGGUCCUUGGCCAAGCUCUCCAGUAACCCCAUGUUCAGAGAGCUCCGAGCUGCCCUAGUUCCAGAAUGUAACAAAGCCAGUUCACAGUUCCAGGCUGCUAAGCAUGACAAGGAGCUGAAGUCUGUUGUGGAAACCCUCGAUACCCCUACAUUCUGUCACAGUGACACACUAGACCCUUCAUUCACUGCAGUCCAGGAGGCCAGUCUUCAGUCUGAGUUCCGCCAGAUCACUCAUCACCCAAAGGUUCUCGAACUUCAGACAUUCUACUAUAGUAACAUUGCUGACAUUGAGAAGGAAAGAGCAGCUGCAAUCACCAGCCUCAAGACUUCCCGUUCGAUACACCUACAGAAAGAGAUGUUGAGUGUUCACAAUCAUUUUGACCGUAAACGUGUCCACCUGAUCAGCAGAGUGACAUCCAGCCUUCAGCUGCUGAAGCAGAAAAUCCCUCCCUCUGACGUCAGCUCACAGAAAGACUGCUCACAAGGGAAGAUGAGAUCACGGCAGCUUAGUCCCAGGGCUGUUCAGAUCAUGACGCAGUGGUACGAGCAGCAUCUUCACAACCCCUACCCUAGCGAUGAUGAGAAGGUGAAGAUGGCUGAGGAAGGUGGUAUUUCUCUAUCUCAGGUCAAAGCCUGGUUUGCCAACAAGCGGAACCGCAGUGCUAACACCAAGCCGAAACGUCAGAAGAUGCAGGUGGAACAAAGCCUGAUGUCUAUUUGUAGCGAGCUGAGCGGCAGUGAGAAGACGCCUAGAAUGUAUGGGGAUAUUAUCCAGCAACUCUCCGACAUUGUGAACAGAUCCAAUAUGUUCAGCACAGACCAGAUUGAUUUGGAAUCUCUGUGAACUAGGAUCACUGUGAGAUGAACUAUGGAUGUGAUAGUGAUAGAUCAUUAUUUUGAUGAUAUUGACUCUCACUGACAAGAACAUCCCAACUAUCAUAUUGAUUCUAGGAUAUUGUGUUUAACACAACUGAUGCAGAUGCAAUGGCUUUUCCUUGAGUGAUUGCUGAUAAUGAAGAUGCUACAAGUGCCACAAGCUCUAUGCAUGUGUAUUUAUGGCAAUGUGUAUGAGAUGACUGAAGGAAACAAAGUGUAGUGGACAUAUUGAUUUGAUAUGCUAAUUGCCUGAAACAUGUUUUGUUUUAGAUUUGUAUCUUUUCAUUGCAUUCCCCAGUAAUAGUGCUGUUUUUGUGCUUUUCACAUUAUUGUACAUAGAAAGUGUAUUGUAAAUAAAAUUGCUUCCCCUUACUUGCA